AUGAGGACUGUAACAACAUUAACUUCGAUACCCUUCCUCUUUGCAUCAUUGACGUCCGCGUCUCUGGGCAACGUGAACUGCGGGCACAUCAGGAUCGACAAGAGGACGUACGACCUGAGCAAACUUGAUGCGCCACACACCGUGUGGGUGCUAGACAAGGACAGUCCUCCUGCAAUAUACAACACAACAUGGAGCGUGAACAUUUGCUCGGCCUUGAAAGUGGACAGCGACCACAAGGACGAGCAGUGUAAACCGGGCACCAACAUCUGCGGCGUCAAGCGAUCGUGGAACCCGAAUGACGAUGCGGAGAAGAAGCACGUCGAGAUCGAGAACGUGAUCUCACUAGCCGGUCAGUGGGCGGAUUCGACACAUUCUUGGGAUCACGAGUGGUCUACACUAGAGACCACCGACGAUCAUCCUGGUGGACUUGAGUUUAAGGUGAAUGGUGGCACAUACGCUAAGCGAAAGCAACGAGCCUUUAUCGAUUUCCAGUGCGCGCGGCCACUCGACGACAAGGGAAAAUCAGGGCAAAAGCGCGAUGAAAACGACGAAUCUGACCAAAGCCCGCCCGAGCACAGUGAGGGAGACCUACAAUUUGUCAGUUACGAGAGGGAAAUGGACAAGAAGACGGAGUACGACACAUUGAGACUGCGUUGGAAGACACCAUCUGCCUGUGCGGACUAUGCGGAUUCUCACGGCAGUGGCAGCAGCGGCUGGGGCUUUUUCACCUGGCUGGUCUUGAUUUUGUUUUUGGGCACCGCCGCGUAUCUCAUCUUUGGCAGCUGGCUAAACUACAACAGGUACGGCGCAAGAGGCUGGGAUCUGUUACCACAUGGCGACACCAUUCGUGAUGUUCCUUUCCUGGUCAAGGACUGGGGCAAGAAAGUCAUAGACACUGUGUCAGCCUACUUUGUGGAAAGCAUGCCUGACGUUCCAGAUGAGCUCUUGACUGAGAUGUAUGCCGGGUUGAUACCUAUUGACAUGAGCAAUGCAUCUCGAGCUCUCUAUUUCGUCUUCCAGCCUACCAUCGGCGAACCUGUGGACGAGGUCACGAUCUGGUUGAACGGUGGGCCAGGUUGUUCAUCGCUAGAAGGGUUUCUCCAGGAGACUGGCUACAUACAAUGGACCUGGGGACAAUACUCGCCCGUUGCCAACCCGUACUCUUUCGUUAAUCUUACGAACGUGCUAUGGGUCGAACAGCCUGUGGGAACGGGCUUCUCAAAAGGCGAUGUGACUGCGACCAGCGAAGAGGACAUUGCUGCAGACUUUGUCGACUUCUUCCAAAACUUCCAGACACUAUUCGGUAUCAAGAACUUCAAGAUAUACGUUACAGGAGAGUCCUACGCCGGCCGAUAUGUGCCAUACAUUGCGAAUGCCAUGUUAGACAAACAGAACGAGACGUACUUCAACGUCAGUGGCAUUCUUGUAUACGACCCCUGUAUUGGAAGCUACACGUACACCAACAACGCUUUCAUCAACAAAUUCGUCCACGACAACAACAAUGUGCUCGGUUUCAACGACUCGUUCAUUUCCACGCUAGAUGAGAAGCACGAGUCUUGUGGAUAUGCGGAGUUCAUUGAGGACUACCUCGUUUUCCCUCCGAAUGGCACUCAGCCCGAGAAGUAUUUCAACACUACUGCAGACCCAGAUUGUGAUACAUGGGACCUCGUUUACUAUACCGCCUUUGCGACGAACCCAUGUUUCAACGUAUACGAGAUCGGACUUCAGUGCCCGCUGCUGAGCGAUCCCUUGGGCUAUCCAACUGACUUGCAAUAUUCCUAUCCUGGACUUCCAGUCUACUUCAACCGUACGGAUGUCAAGGAAGCCAUGCAUGCGCCCAUGGAUGUCGACUGGUCCGAAUGCGCCGGUCCAGUCUUCCUUGGCGAAGGCGGCCCCGAGGACGAAGGCGACCUAUCACCCGAUCCCAUUCAACGUGUCCUCCCCCGAGUCAUCGAAGCCACGAACCGAGUGCUAGUUGCCAAUGGGGCUCUCGACAUGGACAUCCUCACAAACGGCACUCUUUCCUCGAUUCAGAACAUGACAUGGAAUGGUCAACUGGGCUUCUCGGCAGCGCCCAGCAAGUACAUCAACAUCACCCUUCCGGACCUCGUCUACGGCAGUCUUUUCCUGGACCAGUAUGGGGCGUCUUACGAUGAACCGCAAGGUAUAAUGGGCGUCCAGCACUACGAGAGGGGGCUGAUGUUCGCUGAGACGUAUCUGAGUGGCCAUAUGGAACCUCAGUUUCAGCCUCGCGUCACUUACAGGCAUUUGCAGUGGGUGCUUGGUAGGAUCGAUGAGCUGUGA